UUGAAUUUGCUGGCAGUGUUUUUGUAUUAUCACCUUUUCUAAUAAAUUGUUAAUUAAAAGCCAGCAAAUAUGGAAGAAAUUGGUAUUAUACUACCUGAGAAGGAUGACAUUGCUACCGAUGCCAAAGGAGCUUUUGCAGGACCACAAACCUUCGAAGAAAUAGAAUCAGAAGAUUUAUACACAAAAUAUAAGAAACUGCAGCGCAUGUUGGAAUUUCUCGAAGUGCAGGAAGACUACAUUAAAGAUGAACAGAGGAACCUCAAAAAGGAGUAUCUCCACGCUCAGGAGGAGGUGAAGCGCAUCCAAUCCGUUCCGCUGGUCAUCGGGCAGUUCCUUGAGGCUGUGGAUCAGAAUACCGGCAUAGUGGGCAGCACAACAGGAUCAAACUAUUAUGUCCGGAUCUUGUCUACCAUCGACCGGGAGCUCCUAAAGCCUUCAGCAUCUGUUGCCCUGCACAAGCACUCCAAUGCUCUGGUUGAUGUAUUGCCUCCAGAAGCUGACAGCUCCAUCUCAAUGUUGCAAGCCGACGAAAAACCCGACGUUCAAUACGCCGACAUCGGAGGCAUGGACACACAGAAGCAAGAAAUCCGCGAGGCGGUAGAGCUGCCGCUGACCCACGUGGAGUUGUACCGGCAGAUCGGUAUCGAGCCUCCGCGAGGCGUGCUCAUGUACGGCCCGCCCGGCUGCGGCAAGACCAUGCUGGCCAAGGCCGUGGCGCACCACACUACUGCGGCGUUCAUCCGCGUAGUAGGGUCGGAGUUCGUGCAGAAGUACCUGGGCGAGGGCCCGCGCAUGGUGCGCGACGUGUUCCGCCUCGCCAAGGAGAACAGCCCCGCCAUCAUCUUCAUCGACGAGAUCGACGCCAUCGCCACCAAGAGAUUUGAUGCACAAACUGGUGCCGACAGAGAAGUACAGAGAAUCCUACUGGAACUUCUCAACCAAAUGGAUGGUUUUGACCAGACCACUAAUGUCAAGGUUAUAAUGGCCACGAAUCGUGCCGAUACGUUGGAUCCUGCUCUGCUUAGGCCUGGACGCCUGGAUAGAAAAAUUGAAUUCCCUCUUCCUGAUAGGCGUCAGAAGCGCCUGAUCUUCUCGACGAUCACGGCGAAGAUGAACCUGUCGGAGGAGGUGGACCUGGAGGAGUUCGUGGCGCGGCCGGACCGCGUGUCGGGCGCGGACAUCAACGCCAUCUGCCAGGAGGCCGGCAUGCAAGCCGUGCGCGAGAACAGGUAUAUUGUCCUGCCUAAAGACUUCGAAAAGGGAUACAAGAACAAUAUCAAGAAGGAUGAGUGUGAAUACGAAUUCUACAAAUAGAUAUAAAUUGUAUUCGUGUAUUAUCUUAAAAUUCUUAAAAUAAUUAACUCCAAGUAAAUAUGAUUAUGUCACUAUAA